GGGUGAUUGAGAUUAGUGAGGCAGAGUGAGAAUGAUGAGGAUGGGUGAGGAUAGAGCACCACACCCAUUGCACUAACUUUGAACGGGACUGGUAACUACAGAGCACUCCGUACUUGGAUAAACACAAGGAACAUGGGCGGGCUUCUUAACUCCGCACGCAAAAUUAUCCCUUGUUUACGGAGUACUUUGUUAACUCCUGUCAUUCUGCUGCAUUAGCUUCAUCAUGGACGAGCCUAUCCCAACCGGCCCCGUGUACCCCACUAUCUUCAGCCUUCUCUUCAAUUUUUUUUGCUUUAUUUUUGAACCGGACUUCAUAUGAAAUACCAAAUUCAGCCAGCUAUCCAAAAUGGUCUCUAUAUGGAAGAGUGGAGGGUUUCGUUUCCUUUACCUUGUUGGCUAUCACCAUGUGUUAAUGGGGAUCACCAUAUUCCCGAUCAUCUUCGCAUCAAUACUGGUUGCCGGCUGUACAAGCACUGACCUCAGUAACGUCUAUCUUCUCUCACUGUCGUAUAACACUGUGGGGAACAAUGGCACAUCGUACCUCGAUUCAACACAAGUUAAUGAGAACAUGGCGUCCACAAUUUCACAUCUGGUGCGCACGAAUGCUUCUUACCCAUCCCUAGAGGUUCGAACUGGAUACCUGGGAAUGUGUUUGAAGCAGGCCACCGACCUCUGGAUUUGCGCCCGAAGCGCAGAAGCACUCGCCUCCCUGGUCAAAAGCAGAGCGGGCAAUUCAUCACACAAUGAUCCAUUGAAUCUGAUAUGGACCGCCAAAACAUUCAAGGACAAGCUUGUCUUCAAUGGAUUUGUAUUUGCAUCGAUACCACUUUUACUGAUUUGUAUUCUUAUUUUGGCGGUGUUUCCCAACUGGCUGGAGGAUCCUGAUGAGGAAGAUCAAUACAUCAGGCCUUUUCCACCAGCACGUCCUGUGAAAGUUCUUAUGGUACUCAUGUCCAUUACCUCACUCCUUGCUCUGCUAUCUGCCUUCUGGCAACAUAUAUCAAGCUCUGCUGGUGUGACAAUGGUCGAGAUCCUAUCAUAUAGCACUGUUACUGGAAACAUCGGGGUCGCUGCAAUGGUUCUUGGGUGGGGUUCUUUGGUCGCAGUGGGUUUAGCCACUCUUGGAAUUAUUAACAUGCACUUGAGUAUUAAAAUUAUGCAAACGCUUACUGAUGAAUAACAGAUGGGUAAGGCUAAGGUCUUCCUGCUACUCUCAAUAUAUUAAAGUAUGUUUUGUUUAUCACGAAAAAAGGAAAAAAGAAAAAGAAAAAGAUUGGUGGAUAUAUAUUUCCCCCUUAGAUAUAAACCUGACUAGUUGAAGUACUUACCUUUUGACAAUAAACUUCGCGAUGACACAUCAGAAGAGGAUGUAAAAUUUAGCAUUGAACCAAAGAGCCGAUGCCAAGUGUAAACAAUGAGAGCCACCAAAAUGGCGCAAAUGAUAACAAUUGUCACAGCAGCCUUUAUACCUGUCGCUAAACUUUGUGUCCAGAUGACUGCAAGGAUUGCCACCAUAGCCGCUAGAAGGAAUGCCCAGCCCGCGGCGGCUAAGCCUCGAGCGUAUUUUAACCAUUGCGCAAUCCUAUCCUGAUUGAAUGCGAUGAGAAUGAAGGGUAUAGAUACAGCACUCGAUAUGCCGACUAGUCAAUCCAGGAUUCUGUUAGUCAUUUUGCUGGACACAGAAAAUCCGUGCCCGCGAUAGAAUUCUUACACAAGUAUUUUAGGAUGUAGUCCAGGGGAAGCCGUCCACUGCUGGUCCACGGAAAUACGUCAAUGUUGAUUGCAAAGAAAGCAGAGAUGAACGAUAACGGAAGCUGUGUUUUGUCAGUCCCUUUCAAUGAAGCAUGGCAAAUGCAUGUUCCUUACAAAUAUAAUUGUUACCACUGUGAAGAGUAAAACUGUCCUGCCUUGUCUUGUAGCUUCACGCGAUUGAUCAUGGGUAUACUGGGCCAAUUUUAGGCUCUCUUCUGUGAGGCUCUGGGUCGCUUCAGCCUGAGCAAAAGUGUUUUCGGCCUGUUUGCGAGACGACAGUGCCUCUAGGACGUUGGCUUGCUUUUGUUUCAGGUCAAGCAGGUUGUAAAG